AUGCGUGAAUAUCCUGAUAGCCACUAUUGCCUUGCAUCGAUAAAAUAUGCAAAGCAAUUCGCUAGCACUUUUGCUGACGUUUCAGUUGUCAUCUCUCAAGAUGAUAAGGCGAAAAUUAGUCUUAGGAUGCCUGCAAUAGGUUGCACAUUCCAUAAAUUGCAAUUCAUUAAUGAACCUACAAUCAUAGUAGAUCACAAUUUUCCUGUAGGAUCCAGACAGAAAUUAAUUCCGUUAGUAUAUUUGAUAAUAAACCCAAAUGAAUCUAAUGAUGAAUUGCAAACAGGCCA